AUGGAAGGUAACGUGAACAUAAGUUUAUCGAGUGAUGGAGCUUUGGUGGUACUUGCAUUGCCAGCUCAACCCAGAGGCGGCUCUAGCGGGUCUCGUCAACAAAGCACAACCCAACCAAGGGCUCCAGUUGUUGGAUCCAAUUUGGCCAACAAUUAUAUUGUAGAUGUGAUCGUGGUGGAUGCUGGCGAGGGCGUGGGCGAGAAGAUUCAGUAUUAUUUUCAAGUCCAUCGAAGAUUUCCAUCACAAUUCAGAGGUCAUUCUUGUCUCUGUGUGAUUUUGUCAGCACAAGGUGCCAUAUCCGGUCCUAGAAUGAACAUGCGAGGAGCACAAGUCAUUUUUGAGGGACUAUAUGAGAUAGUUCGUCUCUCAGGCUUCUUCUUCGUUUCUAACAACGGCCAGGUGCAGCUGUCGGACAGUUUAAAAUUGACCUUUCGUGAUCCAGAUGGUGGGGUUUUCGGUGGCCCUGUGAUUGGUUCGCUGAUUGCUGCCACACCUCUUCAGGUUGCAGUGCUUACCUUCAUCCAUGAUGCAUGAAGAACAGAGAUAAGAAUCGGCAAAGCCGCCCAAUGAUCUGGCCUUUUCAAUAUUGGCUCUGGUUAUGUUUUUCGGACGAGGGAAUUAGUUUCAGGUGUCUCUUUGUUUGAUGGAUGUUUUCAUGCAUUUCAGACAUGUAGACUUGGCAGCAUGCACUUUUGCGGCUUACUUUCCUCAUGUUCUG